AUUUAACAAUCCAGAGAUCGUACCCGAAGGAUCUAGAAAAUAAUCGAGGUUGAUUCAGUAAAAUCGUAACAGUAUCGAAAGCACUUAAAUUGACACUUCGCACUCCACGAAUAUUCGUAGAAUGGGGAAAACGUAAAACAGCAACCCAGUGUUGCAUUUUGAUAUUUAAAUUGAGGCUGUGUGACAUUCGUGUGAAAAUUGUAAUUUUUAGCAGUCAACAAAUAAACCACAACUUUUGAGAACAUAGAAAUGUAAAACAUAUGCGACUAUUUUAUUUACGUUAAAGUUUACAAUUUCAUUUGGCACAGAAAGCUAUAAAAUAUUUUGACACCAUAGUAAAUUUUAUCCACUUCAUCUUACAAUAGAAAAAAAGAUAGAAGAUGCAAAUAAUUUAGCAGACCUAUAUCUAUUCAAAGUUUGCUUUUUACGAAGUAACUUACAUGAGUUCUUUUGAGCCACUUUAACGACUAAAAAAAUGUAUUGUGAGGAAAAUGCAAAUACGACCGAUAACUCCACAAAACGCAUUCUUUAUUGAGCAAAACAGCUAAACACAAUUCAUCUAGAGACGCAUGCCAGAAAUCUUCAGAUAUCUAAGAGCGGCCGUCAAUUCAGCACCAUAUUCUGUACUGACAAGUAGUAAACAGUAUAAUGCAUUUUGCCAAAACGCUUACUAUCAACAGGAAUAUGAUGGAUCUCGGAGGUACAGUACCGUCCGAAUUGGAGUUAAAUUUAUAUGGCGAAGCUUUUAACCUUUCUAAUGGAACAAAAGAAAAUAAUGGUUUCUCAUCACAAUUCAAAACUUCAUCAAUUAGUAUAGCGUAUGAGAAAAAUUUAAAAUCUCGUCGCAAUCUCUUGGAAAUAUAUGCCAAACAUUUGAUUAACUUUAAGAGAUCUAUUCUCCUUAACCGCCGACGUUGGCGACAAAGAAUGCAACGUCGACAGACAUUGCUUCGUUCAUUUUUUGUGCAGCAGGUAAUACAGUUAGAAACUACUUUUCUGGAGCUCGUAUCAGUUCCAAAACUAAUCGCUUGUGGAAAAAGCGGAAAAAUAACUGAAUUGUGUCCGGUACCUGAACGAUGCCUAUCACUCUAUAUUUCCACUCGUCGAUUUUUUGAGGAGGAAAUGGGGCUCAUAAAUGAGGAGCAUUGGCUACGCUGUUUUCACAUGAAGAAAGCGUCUUUCGAAUGGAUUUGUGAUCAGUUGAAACCUAAUCUGCAACAGGGUUCUGGUUUUCGAGGCUUUCUUUCUCAUGAAAAACAAAUUGCAUUGGGUUUAUAUGCAUUUUCCAAUGGAAUUGAAUAUGUCAAAUUAGUACGUUUAUUCGAAAUUCAAUUACGUUCGACCAUUUAUGAAAUCAUAAAAGACAUUGCUGACGUAAUCUUAAGGAAAUGGGCCAACAAAUUAUUAGCAAUGCCUAUUACAACAGAUGAGUUUGAUGAAAUUGGUUCUUCGUUUUCAAUGGCUUCAAAUAUGCCCGAAUUGGUUAUUGGAGUGUUAGGAAUAUGUGAAUUAACAACCAAGUCGGCGAAACUUAGCACUUCAAUUGAAUCACAGAGCCCUAAAAUCAUAAUGCAGAUGCUUAUAGACGACAAAUUGUUAUUUCGAAAGGUCAAAUUUGAUUCUAAUCAACCAACGUUAUUUCUGGAAGACUCUAACGACAUAACUAGUAUUCCUCCAAAGAUAAUUGAUGGGCAUCCUGUCCCACGAUUUGUUAUAACAUCAGACACCUCCUAUCCACUAAAGAAAUGGCUAAUGCAUAAAUAUAUAUACCCUGUGGAACCACAUGAAUUUGACUUCAACGAAGCAAUUGACAAUGUACUUGUAUUUAAAAACCGCGCAUUAAUUCGAUUUUUUUCACGCUGGCGCAUCUUAAACUAUAUUGGCGAUAUUGACGUACCUACGAUGGAAAAAAUUGUUCUCGCCUGUUGUAUAUUACAUAACCUUUUAGAAGUAAAUGAGGAAAAGUUUGAUGAGAACUGGUCUAAAAACCUGGAUUUGGAAAAUAUAGAGUUUUCUUUGGGCCCUAAUCUUAAACCAUUUUCUAAUAAGAAGGCUUACUCCUGUAGUGAUAAAGACGCUGCGGAAUUACGUGAAUUCCUUGGGCGUACAAUAAGUUCCACCGAAAUGUAGUAUUUACCACAAGACUGAAUAUAUUUAUUUGAUUAUUUUAUUGGUCUCCAUUUUGUCCUCCCAACUUAUGUAUGGUACACAAAGGUGCACUAAUUGCAAUUUUAAUUACACCAUUGUUACAUGCUAAUAAA